AUGGCUGCUGUUGUUGGUCUUAAUACUACUACUACUCUCCAGACUAAUGGCAGUGGCACCACUCCAAAUGGCCAAGCGAACUCGGAGAGCCGCCCGAAGAAAAAACUGCUGCUUAAUGCGUUCGAUAUGAAUGGAAUUGGACAUACGAGUCACGGACAAUGGCGGAACCCUGUCGACCGAACCAAGACCAAGAACCGUCUCGACUACUGGAUCAACCUGGCCAAAUUGUUGGACAGUGGUAGGUUCAACGCUCUCUUCCUCGCCGACAACUUUGGUUCGCACGAUGUCUAUGGAGGGACACACGCGCCAGCCAUCAGAGCCGGGUCGCAAUGGCCAUUAUAUGAUCCUUUCGUGAUCAUAUCAGCCAUGGCGGCUGUCACCGAAAACCUUGCGUUUGGGAUCACAUCCUGCACGACAUUUGAACCGCCGUACCUGCUUGCAAAGAGGUUUUCGACCCUCGACCAUGUCACCAAUGGAAGAAUUGCAUGGAAUAUCGUGACUUCUUGGUCGGAUAACGCAGCUCGGGCUGUUGGUCUGGAGAAACUCCCGGACAAAGACACCCGAUACGAAAUGGCCGAUGAGUACCUGGAGCUCAUGUACAAGCUUUGGGAAGGCUCAUGGGCCGACGAUGCUGUGGUGCAGGACGAAGAGAUUCCAAUCUACAGCGACCCGGACAAGGUGCGCAAGAUCGAGCACCACGGCAAAUUCUUCAACUGCGUGAGUGCACAUCAGGUCGAUCCGUCACCGCAGCGGACACCUGUGCUCUUUCAGGCUGGAAUGUCACCUGCGGGAAUCGCAUUCGCCGCCAAACACGCCGAAUGCAUCUUCGUCGGCGGACCUACGCCUGAAUACGUAGGGGCCAAAAUCAAAGCGACUCGACAGCUAGCGAAAGAGUUCGGCCGGCAGCCCAGCGACUUGAAAUUCUUCCUCGGCAUGACCCCGGUCCUGGGCGCGACGGACGAAGAAGCGCGUCAGAAGCUAGCCAGCCAUCUCCAGUACCACGAUCCCGAAGGCUCAUUGGCCCAGAACUCGGGGAUCGGCGGCUUCGACCUCAGCAAGUUCCCCCUGGACGAAGAAUUCCCGACGGACCCAGACCAUUCUCUGCUCAAGGGCCUCGACCACAGGGUGGUGGUGCAACUGACGACCAAGCCCAGGGGCUACGAGAACUCGAAGUGGACGCCGCGGGAGUUUUCCAAAAAGCUGGCCAUUGGAGGCGCCAGUGUCUCGGUCGUCGGCAGCAGCAGGACCGUGGCGGAUGAGAUGGAACGUUGGGUCAACGAGGCCGAUGUCGACGGGUUCAAUCUCGGCCAUGUGGUUGUCCCACAGGCGUGGGAGGACGUGAUUGAGUACCUGCUUCCGGAACUGGAACGGCGAGGCUUGUUCGAUGGGCCGUCGGUGGGCCAUGGUGCAACGGUGAGGGAAAAUGUGUAUGGGACUCCAGGGAAUGCCAAGUUGAGAACCGGCCAUCCAGGUCGGAAAUGGGCUUUCGAUGUCUAUCCCGACGGCCAUGGCAAGGUGGUCGGGCGUGAAAAGGUGUAUGAGUCUGUGCCUGAGGCUGAGGCUGAGCUUGAGCCUAGGCCUGAAGUGAAGGGACCGACCGAAGCCUAG